AUGGCCACUGCAUCAGUCUGCCCAGUCGUUGGCACCACCACCAACGUGCUCCCACCUCACCACCCUGAGAUCACAUCUGACCCAGAAGCCCGAUGCCCCAUCACAAACGCCAAAGUCGAACACCACGACAACAUAAUCCACAACCACCCCUCGGACCCCAACGUGCCCGCAGACGACAAGAAAGCCAUGGACGCCUCGUCCUGCCCCGCCCUCAAGAACGCCAACGCGAAGGACUCGCUCACGGAUGCCACGUGCCCCGUCGUGGGACCUGUCAACGCGCAUCUCCCGCCGUCGCACCCGGCUUUGAAUGAGAAGGAUUCGGGCGCCGUGUGCCCUGUUACGAAUGCCAAGUUGGAGCAUCAUAAGGGGAAGGUGGCGACGCAUCCUAAGGUUGCGGAUGAUGUUUCUGCGCAGAAGUGUCCGGUUGCUGGGGCGGCUGCUUAG